GCGAGCGAGGCCGCCGCCCGAGCUAGGUUAGGUUGGGGCGCGCGUCACCGCGGCUCCCAGGUGUCUCGGCGCGACGGAGCGGGGGGGGAGUGCGGCGAGCGAGGCGAGGACCAGCCGAGGACCGAGAGACGGCGGAACGGGACCGGAACGACCGGAACCGAUGCCCGUGCCGAUCGACGCGCCCACCCUCGACGUCGCUGGACCUGUCCCCGGCGAGGCCGCCCGACCCCGCGGCCCGACCACCGAGCACGACGCUGCCAUGCUUCCCUUCCUCCAGAGGCUUUCAGGGAGGAGACGACACGCGCGGCGGUGCUGCCCCUCGUGGCAAGGUGGAGGACUAUGCGCCUCGGGAGGAUCCUCGGCCCCGUCGGAGGGACAGCAGACCGAAUUAGAGGCCGCGGGAAUCCGAGAAACUAGGGCGGAAAUGAGGGUGGAGGGGGACGAGACCGAGGGUGGCGCCGCCCUGGAGCGCGGCGCCUCCGGGAACCAGGUGGCGGGCCGCGGGGGCAAGAUGGCGCCCGGCUGGAAGGAGCAGGAGUACCAGCGGUACCACCACCCCGGCUACCACGCGCCUAGCCGGCACCGGCAAUGCCAUCUACCGCGGCACUACCGGUACCACCAUCGGCGUCACCGUCGCCGGUGUCGCGAGUGCCCCCACGACUGCAACCACCAUCACCAGCGCUACGAGCUGGAACGACAGGAUAGACGCGAGGAGGACGACCCCUGCCGGGUCGCGGCCGACGAGGGGCCCGCCAUCUUGCGGGCGACAGGCGAACCUUGCGCGCUCUCCGGAUGCGCGACCACCAGCCCUGUCCCGAGGAGGUGUAAGAUCCCGUCGUACCUCACGACGCUACUCAUUAUCUCCUACACCAUCCUCGGAGUGGCAGAUGCCUGCUCGUCGAGGUCGACGCCGAAACCCCGGCCGCCAUCCCCGACGCCCCGACCUAAUAUCACAUUCCAUAUGUACGAGUGUCCACCUGACUACGCGGAGUGGUACUGCCUUAAUGGAGCUACCUGCUUCACCGUGAAAAUCGUCGACUCGCUCCUCUAUAACUGCUUAUGUGCCAACGGAUACAUUGGGCAGAGGUGCGAGUUCAAAGAUCUGGAUGGUUCCUAUUUGCCGUCGAGGCAGCGAGUAAUGUUGGAAACUGCCAGCAUCGCCGGCGGUGCCACGAUAGCAGUAUUUCUUGUCGUAAUCAUCUGCAUUGCGGCGUACAUUCACUGUAAACGCAAGCAAAAGGAACUGCGGACGAGCAGCACUUGCGUCGAUGCAGUCGACGGACCUAGCCGAGACCCGGAGUUGAGGCCAUUCAGCAGCCGUAGCCGUUCAUUUACGAUGUUCAUGGCCAAGAGUUCAAAGAAUGCGGCGCCCAGUCCGUCCAUAGAGCAAACGAGAAUGCCUGCGUGGAACUAUCCACACUCGGAGUCGACCAGGAUGUCGUCCAUCAACGAGAGCAGGCACUCAUCCCAGUAGAGAGGAAGAGAGAGAGAGAGACACCGGCCUGGAGAGUUCACGGUUCGCUAGAAUCUAGACAUUCUUCUUACUUCCCUUCUUCCCUUUCUGUCGAUCCCUCGUACCGCGCGUCAUCGCGAUGGCCAUUGCGCAUGCACGCGCGCGCAGCGUCGAGGUGCGAAGAGGACGCUCCCGGAAGAUGCGCCCCACGUCGUCGAGAGGGGACCCCAAAAGGCGCGGUCUGAGGAAAUGUCCACGUCAGAGAUCCCAGAGGGAGCGCCGAAAGGAAGAAGUGGUGUCCAUGGAACGGAAGACCCUCCAGAGGAAGCUGUUGCAGUGCAUAUCCUAAGGGACUAUCCUGGUGAGCAAGCCUUCAGGACUACGAUCACGUUGUAGUUCGUGCCGUGAAGGAGACACGCUCGAAAGUGGGCACGCACGGCUUCGAAGUACAAUUUGAACGUUCUCGAACGGUUCUGAACUCCAUAUAGCAACGUGGAAAUCCUAGAUGACGUUGUGGUUCAUCUCGCGUGGGGGACACUCCAGAGGGCGCUGCCCACAGACUUUACGAGAGACCGUGAACGUUAUCCUUCCUCUUCUUUCUUUCGUUUAUCUUCUCUCCCUGGGCUCCUGGUAUAUCUUGCUCUCCUCGAACCUUGCCCAAUCCUUCGGGACGACCCGGAGGCGUCGCUCUUCGCAUCUUUUUUUUUUUUUCUCUAUUUCUUCACGGGAGAAUCUCAAAGUCAGAUAUAUUUAAUAUCGAUCCUUUACUCGGGAGUAUCUGGAUCUAUGGGGGGAAAUUUAAACCUCGAACCCAUUACGACGAUCGUUUUUUCUUUUUUCUUUUUUCUUUUUUUACCUUUCAUAUCUUACUAUUCCUCACGCUGAAAUUCGAGUCAGCCUCGUCUUGCUCUUCUUCUGCUGAGACGCUUCUUUUUUUAUUUUAUUUUUUUUGGAAGAAAUAGUAAAGGGCUAUGAAAGUUAGGAAAUCCCGGUGAAACUUUUCGGGUGAAUAUUCCAAUUUAGUGGAAUCGAUGAGUCCCUUGAUUAAAUCGCGGGAAUAAAUUAGGGUGGAUUUUAUUCAGCGCGGGAAUAAAAGUAUCAAAAUGGAGGAAGGAAACGAUUCGCUCUUGCGUCGGGUAUUCAUGAAUCGAAGUAUUUGUUUCUUUCGUAAAUUAUUAAUACGCUACAUUCCCCGGCUAUACGGCGGCCCUAGAGGAGGGUGCGCGUCGUAGGUCUGACUUUUGAUAAUUUUUGUAUUUAUAAAUCGGAUAAAGAAAAAAAAAAAAAA